AUGGACGAGUGCUGCAUGCCAGUGGGACCUCUCGACAGCGGCUCUUCGUGUGCUGCAGGAGACCAAGAUGGUGCGCAACAAGAGAACCAGAUGACUUUCAAGCCCAUCAACGGCAAGCUACCGCCCAUCUCGGUGCCGCUGCACGGCAAGACGGGCGACUUCGAUCGCUUCGACCUGCACCUGGUCGAGGUGCUGCACUGGCGCGAGGGCCAGCGUCCCAGAGGCGUGUACCGCCGCGCCCUGAAGAUGAAGUCCCGGCAGAGCGACGCGGAGAUCUUGGAGGUGGUGAAGUUGUCCAUGAACCUCACCGACUGGGAGCCCGAAGAGGGCACCGACCUGCGGCUCGCGGUGCAGGCUUCCCAGCGUCGAGCAGAGGCCGAGGGCGCCCGCCGCGACCUGCGGGGCACGGCCCCAGCCGUGGGGGUGCAGCAUCUUGGGCCGACUGCGCUGCUGUUCUCGGAGACCACGCAGUUUUUACAGAUCCACGUCCUGGAUGUGAACGCCUACCUGGACACGCCGAAGCUAGAAGAGGCCGAGCUGACGGCGAGGAAGAGGGCUGUUGGUAUGUGGUUCCUCGACCACUUGGAUCAGCCUCUGGAAGGAGCGGCUUUGCCACUGCUGCCGCCGGACUGUGGCCUCAGCUUCAAGGAGGGAAAGGACAGCCUCGCCAUGAGCUUCUUCUUUCCGAAGGAUGCUUUGGGGCAGCUGCAGGAUGAGGUCCAGGUCUUGGAGACGCUGGUGCGCUGUGACCGCCUUUUGAGCCCUGACAGCGCGGGGAAUCCCAUUUUACAUGCGGGCCUAGGUGGCGACACAGGCGAUCUGCUGCGCUCCCUCUUCCGUCACGCCUGCCGUUUUGAGGAGGAGCUAGAGUCGCAGGGCUUCGCGGCCAUGGAGUACUUGGACCUGCGCCUGAAAGCAGCGCCGGACUGCCGGGCGGAUGGCCGCUAUGCGGCCACGGUGGGGAUACGGCUGUUGGACACCUUGACGCACAUGGUGGACGUGCAGAUGGCACGUUUGCUCACCGAUGGAGCCUGGCGCCACUUGCUGGAGGCGGACGGGGACGCUGGGUGCCUCCGGUACGCGCGGGGUCGAUGGGACCCCCAGAACUGGCGGGUGCUCGAGCGCCUGGUGAGGGUGAAGCCCAACAGAGGCGUGUCCUUCGAGGAUGCCAAGGAGGAGCUGGAUGCCAUCCUGAAGCAGCCGGGUUUGAGCGCGGCCCAGAAGUCCGCACUCAGCGCCUCCUUCUAUCGCCGGCUCUGCAACGCCCUGCCAGACGCCAGCUAUGUGGUCAGCGGAGUUCCUGGCGGCCGAAGCCAAGAAGACAUUGAGAGCGGCGUGUUCCGGGCGGCCUCGCCCUUGCACCGGUACGUGGACCUCCUGGGCAUGCGCGCCUUGAAGACUCAGCUGGGCUGGCGGCCCAAGUGCCCGCACCUGCGGCUGCCGGCCGAGGCCUUGGCGCAGGUUGCGGCCACCACCAAUGCGAGGCUGGCCGCCCAUGGAUUCGCGGUGUACAUCUUCCGCCAGAGAUCUCCUGGAUGCGCGAGCUCGCGCCCUGCGACGUGUUGGUGCAGGAUGCGGUGCUGGGAGCGGUGGGGCCCAGCUACAUGGUGCUGCUCAUCCCGAAGCCCUCCACGCAGGCGCUGGAGCUGA